CUGAUUUUCCAAUGACGAGAAUCGGGCGGACUCAGCCCAUUCCAUCCAUUUUUUUCUAUUUAUAUAUAUUUACCAUAAUACCCUUCUCUCUUUAUCAACCUCAAAUGGAAGAUUUCUAUUAAAAUCCGACCGUCAAUCGAUGACUAUCUCUCGAAAAGAAUCCGAUCUUGAUCUCUCACCAUGUCCCAAACAGAUGUCAGUUACAGCUGUGGUUCUUGUGGUUACCCUCUGAACUUGAACUCUUCCAACCGUAUCACCUCUGGCAUAGGCUCUGACUACCACAAAUCCAUCAAGAAGGGUGUCAUCUCCUUUCUUUCAGUGGACAUCAGCCGGUUCACUCAGGUUGACGAGGUAAAUUGCUUCCCCGUCUCUUGGGGCAUUUACCGUCCAAAAACCAAGCUUCUUUGUCGUAGAUGCGGAGUCCUUAUUGGCUAUGGAUAUGGUGAAUCGACUGCGCUAUGUGGCUUUGACACCCCAGAUUCAUCUGGCUCAACUCACAAAAAAUACACUGUAAAGAUCCGAGCUCUGCAGCCAUCAGAAGAGUGA